ACACCACGCCAUACCGAAUCAACUCAAGAGCACAGCAGUAGAAGCAAAGAAAGAGAGCGGAAAUGGGCGGCGGAGGCAGAGAAGGAAGAAGUUACAGGUCUCGCACCCAGAGAAAACAUUUCAAACAAAGUAGAGAGAACGUUUGGAAGCGUAGCAAAUCCGAUCCUUCUGCUCCUGAUUCCACUGACAAUCCAACUUGGCAGCCUUUCGCCACUCAAAACCCCGCCUUCGAUGAAUACUACAAGGCGCAAGGGAUUGUGGCAGCCGAGGAGUGGGACCGCUUUGUGGAAGUUCUUCGUAAGGCAUUACCGGCUGCUUUUAGGAUUAACUCCAGUAGCCAAUUUUGUUCAGAUAUUCGAUCACAGUUGGAGAACGACUUUAUGAAAUCUCUUCAAGCUGAGGUCAGCGAAGACAGUGAAGCCGGGGCCAUCAGACCGUUGCCUUGGUAUCCUGACAACCUCGCUUGGCAAUCAAAUUUUUCUCGCAUGCAGUUGAGGAAGAACCAAACCCUUGAGAGGUUCCAUGAGUUCUUAAAGCUAGAAAAUGAAAUUGGAAACAUCACCAGACAAGAAGCUGUUAGCAUGGUACCUCCCCUCUUCUUGGAUGUACAACCAGAUCAUUUUAUACUUGAUAUGUGUGCAGCACCAGGUUCAAAAACAUUCCAAUUGCUGGAGAUUAUUCAUCAAUCCACAAAACCAGGAUCACUACCUGAUGGAAUGGUUGUUGCAAAUGAUCUUGAUGUCCAAAGAUGUAACCUACUCAUCCACCAAACAAAACGAAUGUGCACUGCCAACUUGAUUGUCACAAAUCAUGAAGCCCAACACUUUCCUGGCUGUCGCUCAAAAUCUAAUGCUUCGAAUAAAGGAAUUGAAUUGGAGUCGAACAUCAACCAGCUGCUCUUUGACCGUGUCUUAUGUGAUGUUCCUUGCAGUGGGGAUGGUACUCUUCGCAAGGCUCCAGAUAUCUGGAGGAAAUGGAAUGUAGGAUUGGGCAAUGGGCUCCAUAGCCUACAACUUCAGAUAGCCAUGCGAGGUAUUUCUCUACUUAAAGUUGGUGGAAGAAUGGUUUACUCAACCUGCUCCAUGAAUCCAGUUGAGAAUGAGGCAGUGGUAUCUGAGAUUUUGCGUAAAUGUGGUGGAUCUGUUGAACUAGUUGAUGUCUCAACUGAGCUUCCUCAGCUUAUUCGGCGGCCAGGUCUUAGAAGCUGGAAGAUACGUGACAAAGGUGUUUGGUUAGCUUCCUACAAGGAUGUCCCCAAAUAUCGCAGAACAGGAAUUCUUCCCAGCAUGUUUCCUUCUGGAAGGAGUGACGUAGACCCAACUGACAAUGGCCAUAAGCAUGAGAAUGGCACUAAUGUAAAUUCUGAAGAUGCACUUCAGCCAAUGGAUAAUGCUGUGGCUUCAGUUGAUGAUUUGGACGCAGAAGUUUCUGAUCUUCCAUUAGAACAUUGCAUGAGGCUAGUACCUCAUGAUCAGAACUCUGGAGCCUUUUUCAUUGCGGUCCUCCAGAAAGUUUCCCCAUUGGCAGCAGUUGAGGAGAAACCUCUUUCCCCAGAAGGGAAUUCAGUCCCUAAAAAGGAUGAUGAGCCACAUACAACAUUAUUAGAUCAUAUUCCUGAAGAUAAAAAUGGAAAGGUUGAGGUGGCAGAUGAUACAAAUGAGAAGUGUCCAGAAGGCGGCUCUACAGAAGCUAAUUUAAUUGAUACUGAAGAAGGUGGGGCUACUUUGGAAGUUGAUUCUUCCAAUGCAUGUGAAAUCCAUGACACAGAGGAAACUGAAAUGCAUUUUGAUAAGGAAACUGAUUCUGGAAGAAUUGGGGCGAAGAGGAAGUUACAGGUGCAGGGAAAAUGGAAGGGGGUUGACCCUGUUGUUUUCUUCAAAGAUGAAACUAUUAUCAGUAGCAUAAAAACUUUCUAUGGGAUUAAUGAGUCUUUUAUGCUCAAUGAUCAUCUUGUCACAAGAAAUAGUGAUGCUAAACACGUGAAGAGAAUUUACUAUGUCUCAAAUUCAGUGAAGGAUAUUCUUGAACUAAAUUUCCGAGUUGGGCAGCAACUUAAGAUAACUUCUGUUGGCCUGAAAAUGUUUGAGCGUCAAACAUCCAGAGAAGGGACCGCUGCACCAUGUUCAUUCAGGAUAUCGUCUGAAGGGUUGCCAGUAAUUCUUCCAUACAUUACCAAGCAGAUCCUAUGCGCAUCUGCAACAGACUUCAAGCAUCUAUUGCAAUAUAAAACGAUAAAAUUUCCAGACUUUGUUGAUGCUGAAUUUGGUGAGAAUGCUUCAAAGCUAAUGAUGGGGUGCUGUGUGAUAGUUCUGAGAAAAGGUAGCAAUGCCUCGACAGUUCCAGUCCAAGUCAAUGAAUCAACAAUAGCCAUAGGAUGCUGGAAAGGCAGGGGCAGUUUGAGUGUGAUGGUUACAGCAGUUGACUGCCAGGAACUGCUAGAAAGGCUUUUAGUGCGUAUUGAGACUCAGAAGGAUAAUUCAAUGCCGGAAAACAAUGUUGAGGCAGCUGAAGCACAGGAUCCGGAUAACAAUGGAACGAAGGAAGGGACUGACUCUAUCGGAAUAGCUAUAAAUGCUUGAAAGAAAUAACAAUAUUUAGUUACCAGAUCCCCUGCAUUGUGCCUUGAAAGUUUAUUUUGGUCUUUGCCUGAGCAAACCUUAAUGUCUUAGUUUUUAAAAUUUUACCAUUACCUAUUCUAUUUUAAAUAUAUUUUUUAUUGUGAAUUUCUGCCAUUGUGGCAAUUUUGAGUUAGGAAUUUGCAGCCUUAUUUCUUUUUUUUUUUCCAGAAUACUUUUUGGCAUGGCCAAAGCAGCACGUGUCGAGCAUGUAUAAACUUUCACUAGAAGGCUAUUUUUUAAGUCUAUCAUUCUCAA